AUGUCGGCCAAUCCCGUGCCGCCUCACAGGCACGCCCGAGUCCUGGCCUGCGUCCUCUGCCAGCAUCGCAAGAUCAAAUGCGACCGCAACUUUCCCUGCGCAAACUGCAUCAAGGCAAACGUCACCUGCACCCCCAGCACGCCCGCCCCGGCCCGGAAGCGCCGCCGUCCGAAUCAAGACCUCCAGGAGCGCCUGUCGCGGUGCGAAGAGCUGCUCAAGCAGUAUGCCAACGGCGCCGCGCCGCCCCCGCCACAGGGCCAAUCGCCUCCCACGCCCACCGUCGGCCACGUCAAGUCGGAGCCGUCGGACUCUACACCCAUCAGCUCCGACAGCCAGGACAGCUGGAAGCCCGCGUGCAUCAUGGUCAACGACGAGGGAGGCGCCCGCUUCAUGGACAGCUACAUCUGGGCCAGCGUCUACGAGGAGCUUCAAGCCAUGCGUGACAUUGUCGAAACAGACGACCCCGAGGACUCGAGCAUUCUCGGCUCCGAAGACCUGACGCCAGAUAACAACACCGACCUCUUCUUUCCCGGCAACCUCGCCACCGUCAACCUCGACGACCUCCAGCCCGACCCUAUCCACGGCUUCAAGCUAUGGCAGCUCUUCCUCGACCGCGUCAACCCCUUGACAAAGGUCAUCCAUGCGCCCACCGUCCAGCCAUACGUCAUGGAGGCGGCGACCAGCAUAAGAAACGUCCCCCUUCACUGCCAGGCGCUUCUAUUUUCCAUCUACAACAUGGCCGUAAUCUCCCUCUCCGAGGCCGAGUGCGUCCAAACCUUUGGCUUCUCCAGGGACCAGGCCAUCCAGAGGUUCACGGCCGGCACAAAGGCUGCCCUGUCGCGCUUCAACUUUCUAAAGAACUACAACAUGUCUGUCCUGCAGGCUCUGGUUCUGUACCUGUACUCGCUGCAAGGGCGCUACGACCGGCACGCGGCGUGGAUCCUGAGUGGCACCAUUGUCCGCAUCGCGCAGAAGAUGGGCUAUCAUCGAGACGGUGAGCAGCUUCACCUGGAACCCUUCGAGACGGAGAUGCGACGCAGAGUCUGGUGGCAAAUCGUCAUCCAAGACUCCAAGUACGCCAUGCUGUCCGGGCUCCGACACACCAUGCUCCCGCAUCGCUGGGAUACCGAGAUGCCGCAAAACGUAAACGACGCCGAUAUUAUCCCAGGCUCCACCGAGCCCGUCCAGCCGCGCCAGGGCCCGACCGAGAUGGCGUUUUGCCUCAUGUUCAACGAGAUUUACAAAUUCAAGAUGGCCGCAGACAACGCCAACGAUGCGCCGGCGUUUGAGGCUGCCAUGCUGGGACAAGACUUGGACGGCGCCACCCAAGCGCUCGAGCACAAGUUGAUUGAGCUCGAGAACCAGUACGUCGAUGUCAAUGCGGGCAACGUGCACAAGGCGGCCCUCACCAUCCGACCCAUGAUCACCAAUAAGCUCAGCGAGAUGCUGGUGCCGGACAGCCUCUUCAAGGUGGUCAUCAUGGGCAACGAGCAGCGGAUGGACGCCUUUGAGAAGUUGCAGCAGACGGGAUUCCUCUGGUUUGUGAAGCUGCACUUUCAACUCGACAUGUUCGCAGUCAUGACGGGCCAGCUGUGUCAGCGCCCCACCGGGAGCCUCGCAGAUCGGGCGUGGGCCGUGACGGAACGCGUCUACAGCCACCAUGCCGAGCUGUAUGACAUGUCGCAGAAACAGUACUCGAUUCAGGCCCAGUUCACUGUCAAGGCCUGGAAGACGCGCGAGAGGGCCUUUAUGCAGGCCGGCCAGGCCCUCGAGACGCCGCACUUUAUCCUUCGCCUGCGCGAGCUCGUCCCUACGUCGCACGACGGCCGUUCGUCGCAGCGGCCGUCCCAGCUGAACCUACAGCAGCAGCAGCAGCAGCAGCAGAACGGAGAGAUGGACCCGUUCCUGGGCGGUUACUUGGACAUGGCGUCGCUGAACUGGGAUGUCUUUGGAGACAUGGUGGGCAACGGCGGGGAGCAGCUGUCGGCGGCCAUGUUUGGCGGCCUCGGCUUGGGCAACGUACCAAGCGUGGGGGCCGAGCGCGCUGUGAACAGGGGAAUCCCGGAUUCAUUUUGA